AUGGGUCGUGAUUUAAAAUUAGAAUUAGAACCCCUAACUCCCGAAUUGAUAAAAAAAGCGGAAGUAGAAUUACGGGAAACUCCGGAACGUGUAGAAGAAUCCGUUGAAGAAUUGAAAAAAUUAUUAAAACAAAAUUCAAAUUUAUAUUACGAUCAUUCACCGGAAGUUUUAAUAAGAUACCUUAGACCUGUUAAAUUUUAUCCGGAAAGUGCUUUGUCUUUGAUGAGAAGAAUAGCAGAAUUUAAAGAAAAAAAUAAAGAUUUACUCACCGGUCUCAUGCCGGAAAAAGUUGAAAAAAUUAUGUUGAACGAAGAUAUUGUUAACGUGCUCGCUAACAGAGAUCACAAGGGAAGAAGAAUAUUGAUUAACAAAGCUGGAAAAGCUUGGGAUCCUAAAAAAGCAACUCCAGAUCAAGUUUUUCAAAUGUUUUAUUUGAUUCAUCAAGGUGCACUGCUGGAACCUGCAACACAAGUCAAUGGAGUCGUUGUUAUUUUAGAUUUUGACGGAUUGGGAAUGGCACAAGUUCUUGCAUUAAGUCCAAGCUUUUCUUUAAGGCUUUUAAAUUUUAUACAGGAUGCUAUGCCAUUAAGACUGAAAGAAGUUCACAUAGUUAAUCAACCUUGGUUGUUUAAUAUGGUUUGGAAAAUUUUUAAACCCUUGGUUAAAGAAAAAUUAAAUAAAAGACUGCAUUUUCACGGUAAUAAAUUACAAGAAUUGCAUAAAUUCAUUCCGAGAGAUUAUCUUCCAGAAGAUUAUGGCGGAAGUCUUCCAAAAGUUGAUUAUUCUGCAAAGGAUUGGUAUCCGAUAUUAAGAAGUUUGGAUGAUUCCAUUAGAGAAAACAAUAAAUAUGGACUCGUUAAACAAUCCUGA